GUGUCAUCACGAUGCCACCCAUCUCAGAUCCACUGCAUGAUGAAACUUUGGUCAAACUGGGCAAGUUGCACACGCGCAUCCAAGAUGCGCUGUCGUAUCAGGUCCCACGACUGUUCAAUCACACUGGAUCUGUUGCGGUGCACCAACAGUACGCCGCUGAAUUGCGAGAGGACAUUGAGUCUUUUCGUCGAGAGCUAGAGAUAUUAGAGACAUUCGUAGACGACAUUCGAAGCGAUGAACGACGUAAAGAUAUUUACUCACAGCUUGACGAAUUAGUGGCUCAGGUCGAACAGCUGAAAAAGCAAUUCCGUGCCGCUUUGCUGGCGUCAAAACGUGCUAUCGAUUCUCAGGCUCGCUCGCAGCGAGACGAACUCUUUAGGUCGUCUCCAGUAGCGUCUGCAGUUAGUAAGGAGAAUGAUCAGUCGGGAGAUGCAUUGAUGAAUGCUAGUGCUGCGGUUACCCAGGCACUGCGACGUACUACAGUUUUAAUGCAGCAGGAGCUUGAGCGAUCGGUCCUUUCUACCCAAAUGCUUGAGGACUCCACUCAAACCAUGACCGUAACCUCUGAUUUGUAUUCAUCAUUUUCAACACUCUUGAACACAUCAAAAACCCUUGUCACUGCUCUGGAAGAGGCUGAUUGGCUGGACCGCCUUCUGAUACUAUCAUCUCUCGCCUUCUUUCUCUUAGUUGUUGCCUACAUCAUCAAGAAACGCAUUAUUGACAAAGGCCUCUGGCUCGCCUUCUGGUGGGUGAAGUAUGUGCCAUUACCACGUGCUGGUGGAUCGUCUCCUAUUCCCUUCAAUGGCGCAGCAACCUCGGUACUCCCAUUAGUCUCUUCCGACACCUCAGCAUCCAUUAUCACAGUGUGUGCUGCUGCUACCACUGCCUUUUCCACACUUCCGAUGCCUCCUGAGACACUUUCAGCCCUCGCAGAACCAUCGCCUACUGAUAUCAUAGGCACAUUAACAGGGGAACCCUGGGAGGCGCAUGGUGGCCCUUUGGGUUUCAGUGGCCUGGAUCGUACCACUACGCGAGCACUUACAAGUUCGGACUCCCCGAUCAGUAGAGAAGUACACCAUGAACUAUAAUAAGUUGUGCGGAUUGUCCGAGGCGGAGAUACAUGAUACACUUUACUUCCUCUUUGGCACACAUGUACAGGUCGAAAUGCGAUGCUACGCUGCCGUCAUGCACAAAGUUACUGAAACUAGAGGGCCAGCACGUUGGAGCCUCGCAGCACGAAGCUCCAUCGAUGAGGCAAAGUUUCGUGUGUAGCAAUGCACGAAUUAGUAGCGAAAUAUCAUUUGCGGGCCUGUGCAAGCUUCC